GACCUCUCUACCGAGGAGCAGCCGCCGCACGUUCUCUCCGUCUUCUCACCGUUUUAACGGAGUUUCUCGGCUGCUUGACGUUCAGAGGAGCGUGAAGCAGCGAAACACCCCGGUAAAUAUGUAACUGCGCAGCGAGAAACAUUAAUGUUUCCAACAAGACGAGGAGAAAAUGGAGCCCGCGGCGAAGAACAAGUUGUGGCUGUGCGGACUUCUUUGGUGGUCGCUCCUGCUCCGACUGGUGUGGGGAGCCUCCUUCUACGGUGACGGCUUUGUGCAGCUCAAGGCCACGGAGUCGUCCGACCAGAAUGCGCUCCGCGUUCGCUUCCGGACGUCCAGCACCGACGGCCUGCUGUUCCUCGCCGCCGGCCAGCCCAACUACUUGCUACUGGAGUUCGUCGCCGGCCGCCUGCAGGUUAAAGUGGACCUUGGAUCCGGACAACGAGUGCUGGAAUCGGAGCGAGGCAUCCACCUCAAUGAUCUAGCCUGGCACAAUGUGGAAGUUCAUCAUUUCCAGCUGAACAUCACCCUGACCAUUGAUAAAAACUCCCACACAAGUGUGAAGAUGCCAGGAACCCAUCAGCAUCUCCGCAUCGUGGACGGUCUCUAUGUUGGAGGCUCAGGAGGCCUGGACAGACUUUACUUGCCGAGAGACCUCACCGGCUUCCGAGGCUGCAUGGAGGAGGUCGUCUUCAAUGAACACGACUUGCUGUCGUCACUGAGGCCGCACGCCGGAUACAAACAUGUUCAUGAAGUGUCAUUAGGCUGCAGCCCCCAGUUCUUUGCCACAGAGGAAGAUCCGAUCAGCUUCUUCAGCUCUCGCGCGUACAUUUCUUUUCCGACAUGGAAAGUUCAGCAGGCAGCUGUUUUCGAGUGUGUUGUGCACACGUCAGCUAAAGAGGGAAUUAUCCUCUACAGUUCAGCCCGAGACGGGGAUUUUGUGGCUCUGGAGAUUCAGGAAGGAUUACCAGUAGCUGUUAUUGGAAAAAGUGGAGUCAAAAUAGAGCUACGUUCACCCACUUUCAUCAGCGACAGGAAGUGGCACGCGAUUAAAUUACAUUUCAGCUCCAGAAGCUUUGAGCUCUCUGUGGACGGAGAGGUGUUUAAGAGCAGCAUCAGGGCUGGCUCAAAAGGACUCCACCUGAAGGGUUACAUGUUUAUUGGAGGUGUGGACGAUGGCAUUAGAUCAGAAGUGAGGAAGAUGGGGCUGAUUUCUGUGUCUGGAAAGCGUGUCAGAGGCGGUUCCUUCAAAGGAUGCCUCAAGAACAUUGAAGUAAACCGAGUUAAGUUGGGUCUAUCUAACGCUCUAGUCACCAAAGAUAUCUCUGUAGGCUGUGAGCCAGAAAGACCCCCAGAGCUGCCAACACCUGCUAGUCCCACAAGUACCCCACAACCUCUUUUUCCCUUCGUAACGCCAACCCCAUCCCUUCACACGUCUACCUUUGCUGCUGGCUUGGACAGGAGGUAUGGGUUGAAUUUUGUGCACUUUAAAAACCUCAUGGUGCCCGAGGGUGGUCGAGCGUCUCUCGAGGCGAAACACAUCAAAGUUUUCUUAGACUUUAAAAGUCUUGGCAUCAGACAGUCUCAAGUUGUGUUUAAAAUUCAAGAGCAACCAGUUCGAGGGCAAAUAAGGCUGGAUGUUGACCCAGACCAGGAGGAGAACACCUUCAGUAUGCUCGAUCUCUGGCACGGCAGAGUGAUGUACGUCCACGGAGGCUCCGAGGAACCGGAUGACUUCUUCAUGCUUUCCAUGUUUUGUAAUAGUAGAAAGCAAGUUCCCGAUUAUCUGAAGGACAACAGACUGUACCGCUAUAACAUAACGGUGACACCUACCAACGAUGCUCCUGAGCUGAGCCUUCCAGAGGGAAACCUCUUUGUUCUGCUGGAGAACACUAAGAAAUGCCUCACCACAGAGGUUCUGAAAGCCACAGACAUAGACAGCAACCGCACUGAGCUGGUUUUCUCCGUGCUUGGAAACCUGAACGCAGAUGCUGGCCAUUUGGAAAUCGAAAGCAACCCUGGCAAGGCAGUGACCUCAUUUUCACAUGCAGACUUGGAUGAAAUGAAGGUGUACUAUGUUCACACAGGGGUACGUAACUCCAGAAUCGUCCUCAGGGUUAGCGAUGGAGAGAAAGUCAGCAACACGGUGGUUUUAAGAGUCAUGGCUGUGACACUGGAGUACGAGAUCGCCAACAAUACCGGGCUUGAGGUCCUUCAAGGAGAAGUGGCUGUCAUUAGUUCAAAGCACUUGGCUGUGAAAACAAACGCAGUUAAGCAAGUUAUCGACAUCCGCUAUGAUGUUACUGAAGCGCCGCAGUUUGGAGAACUUCAGAGGCUUCACUCAAGCGGUGAAUGGAGGCAAACGGAAUCAUUUUCUCAAAGACUUCUGGAAAAAGAGCGCCUUAGAUACAUCAGCACUUUUCAAGAUGUCCAGACCUCCAACGUUACGGAAUAUUUUAAGUGCAAAGUUCAUAUAGCAGCGAGAGCAACCACAGAAAUACUUUUUCCAAUCACAGUGUCGUGGGUCAGAUACCAUUUGGUGAGGAACAUAAUGAUCAACAUGGACAAAGUCAGAAAAGUGACGCUUAGUUCAGACUAUCUUCUUGCCACCGUUGAAGGCGUGACCCUGUCAGACGAUGAGCUUUUCUAUCGAGUCCUCACCAUCCCAAAGAAAGGAAAGCUUCUUCUCGACAGCGAAGUGUUGACCAAGAACUCUACCUUCAGUCAAAGAAACCUAACGGAUCUAACAGUGCAUUAUGUGUUAGUGGACAGACCUUUUGAAGACACAACUGACAGGUUCAAAUUCCAGCUGGUUUCCAAGCAUGCUCAGUCGCAAAAUUCAGAUUUUCAAUUCUCCAUCAAAGCCGACAUCAACAAUGUGUUCAUCAAAAACGAGGGGCUGUCUCUGCUGGAGGGAGAAAGCAAACUCAUUACUCAAGAUGAUUUGUUUGCAGAGACUUUGGGCACAAAGGACAUGUACUACACUGUCAUCAGCAGCCCCAGACAUGGAAAACUGGCUCGCAUCACUCAGUCCAAUUCUAACGCCAGCUACGACAACAUCUUCUUCUUUACCAAUCAGGAUAUAUUGGAGGAGCGGUUAAUGUACAUCCAUGACGACAGUGAAUCCACUCAAGACGACUUUUCCUUCAUCGCCUCGACCAGCCAAGAGUUUAAGUCUUCCAUCGCAGAAAAUGAAAUCGGUUCCAAAGAAGGACGGUUCAACAUCUCGAUUCAGCUGGUAAAUGACCACAAGCCGAUUCGAAUAAUCGAUAAAGUUUUCCAUGUUGUAAAAGACGGACAGAAGUUGCUUACUGUGGAAGAUCUGCGUUAUCACGACCCCGACUCCGACUUCGAUGAUGGUCAGCUGGUCUACACGCGGCGUGGGAUCCCGGUGGGAGAUCUGGUGCUUGUCAAUGACACCGCGCAUCAGCUGUUCCAGUUUCGACAGAGUGAUCUAGAAGACAAAAAGGUGUUGUUCGUUCACAAAGGUGCGAGCUCUGGUCGGUUCGUGCUCUUCAUCUCUGACGGAAAACACUUUGUUUCGAGCCUUUUGGACAUCAGCGCUCAAGACCCGUUCCUGAAGGUUGGCAAUAAUUCUGGUUUGUUGGUUCAAAAGGGGAAAUCGGUGACCUUUUCCAACAGAAUUUUCAGCGUUGUGUCAAAUCUGGACAUCAGACACGACAAGGAGGUCAUUUUCACGCUGGAUGAGGCUCCCAAGUUUGGAGGCCUCUAUUUUAAUGAAGCAAAGGUGGAAUCAUUCACACAGCAUGACUUAAAGGAGGGAAUCAUCUCCUAUCGGCACGAUGACAGCAAACAUCUGGCCGAUUAUUUCAACUUGACAGUAAAAGUUAAAGGUCUGGAGUUAAAACAAAGAGUGGCGGUGAAAGUUUAUCUGGAAAGUCAUCAGCGACCCCCGAUCGUUCUUCGUCUGGAGUCUCUACUGGUGGACGAGGGAAAACCAGUAAAGAUUGACGACACUAAGUUGGAGGUCACCCAUGAGGACAACCUGCCAUCAGAGAUCGUCUUUUCAGUGAAGGUAGCCCCGUCUCACGGCUUUCUCCGGCGUUUUGUUGAAGGGGAGAAGCGCUACAUCGGAAACAAACACUCACCCGUCGAGACGUUCACCCAAGACGACAUCAACAGCGGAAACCUUCAGUAUGUGCAGGUGGAGCCGGGCAGAGCUAACGACAGCAUCGUCCUCGACGCCACCAACGGGGUCACGGUCGUCGGUGACAUUAGGAUGUCUGUCGACAUCAUCCCGCUGCUCAUCCCCCUCCACGUCUCUAAUUUCACUCUGAAGGAGGGCGCUUCCAAAGCUCUGACUGAGGAUGUGCUCAGAGUCACCAACCGACACUUCACAGGAAUCAACUUCUUCUAUAGCUUGACGGAGCCCCCGCAGCAUGGUCACGUUGAGCAUUCCCGACAUCCCGGCGUGCCUGUAACCACUUUCACCCGGAGGCAGGUGGAACAUGAAUUCAUCUACUACGUCCACGACAGCAGUGAAACCCUGGCUGACCAGUUCACUGUGGUGGCCAACGACACAAGCCUGAGAAAGCAGAGUUCCCCGCAGACGCUGUUCGUCGAUGUCACAGCUGUCAAUGACGAGUCUCCUGUCAUUACCGCCAACAGGGUCCUCAGGGUUUGGGUGUCAUCGGUCACAGAAAUCGGACAGGAAGAUCUGAGAGCUGAAGACCUGGACACCUCUCCUGAUGAACUCCACUUCAUGGUGACCCCACCGAGCAAUGGACACCUGGCUCUGAAGAGCGCCCCCAUGAGGCCAGUGCUGAACUUCACGCAGGCACACAUAGACCAGGGUCAGCUGCUGUUUGUCCACAAAGGUGCCAUGUCUGGCGGAUUCAGCUUCCAAGUCAACGAUGGAGUGAACUUCUCUCCGAGGCAAAUCUUCAGCAUCACCGCCAAAGCUUUAGUUCUGAGUCUGGAGAAAAACGGCCCGCUCAAGGUGUUCCCAGGCUCUUCCACGCCCAUCACUAAUGAUGAUUUACAAGCCGUGACCAAUGACAUGAGCAACACCUCGAACCGCAUCAUUAAAUUUAAUGUGAUCCGGCCUCCGAAACUGGGACGUCUGGUGGGGAAGCAGCCUGACGGAGCCACAGUAGACAUCUCCACUUUCACACAAGAUAUGGUGGACAGGAAAGAGGUCGUGUACGUCCAGAGUGCCGUUGAAUCGGUGGGUUGGGAAGCCAUGGACUCCAUGACCUUCUCUGCCGCGUCUCCACCUGCAUCUUUGGAUGGUCAAACCUUCAAAAUAGAAAUCUCCUAUGAGAAUACAGGACCUGAACGCAACACAGUCCUCCUCGCAAACACGGGUGCCGAGGUCAAAGAAGGAGAGAGCGUCGUCAUCGAUAAAAACAAGCUGGACGCCUCUAACCUGAUGUCCAAGCUGCCGACCCCGGACCGCAGCUCUCAUGAAGCCUGGUUUCAGGUGACCUCUCUACCUGAACACGGCGUCAUCGUCGUGGGCGAGAGAAACCUCACUAAAGAAAAACCCAACUUCUCCCAGUUUAUCGUCAGCAAGUACGGCAUCACCUACAAGCAUGACGACUCCGAGAGCACGCGGGAUUCCUUUGAGUUCAGUGUGUGGCUGAAUCCCAAAGGCAGAACGGCACAGCGUCCUCAAGAGGACAAGGAUGUUGUUGUGGAGCGUUUCAACCUCACAAUCACACCGAUCAAUGAUCAGCCUCCUCUGCUGAAAACCAAAUCUCCCGGUCUCACAGUGGUGAGGGGAGAUGUGGUCGUUCUGGGGCCUGAGAACCUUAAAGUCGAAGACUUGGACAAUCCUCCGGAGGACAUCCGCUUCUCAGUGAUUAGCAAACCGAGCAACGGUUACCUGGCUGUGGAGGGAAAACUGAACGAGUCAGCAGGGGAUUUCACUCAAGCCCAAAUCAACAACAGAAGUGUCUUUUUCCUCCACGAUGGGAGCUCUGGCUCGGGGGUGUUCUACUUCAGUGUCUCCGACGGUCAUCACAAACCCAUUUACAAACUCUUCAACCUGGAAGUGACAGAGAUCUCCAUCUCUCUGGUCAACAAAAGCAGGCUGUUGAUGCAGCAGGGUGAGACCUCUGCCUCUUUGACGCAUUACAACCUUGCUGCUGUGACCAAUGGGAAGAACGCCACCAUUCACUACGAGAUCACAAAACCUCCAACAUUUGGGAAACUUCUAAAGACCAACCAGGAGAUCACCCGGUUCACUCAGGAGGAUUUACAGGCUGGAACAGUGUCCUACCACAUGACCUCCCUGUCCUCCUCUGAAGACAGCUUUGAGUUUAGCAUCUUCACCUCAGAGGCUAAUCUGACUGCUAAUGUUUUCAAUGUAUCUGUCACCCCUUUGAUACGUUUUACUCCAAAUUUGAGGAUCCCCAACGGAGUGACGUCCAAGCUGAACCCCAGUUUUGUAAAUGUUUCUGAGCUGGCUGAUAUCAGUAACAGUGACCCUGUUUUCAGCAUUAUAACCCACCCUAAAUAUGGUAAAGUUGUUCAGACGAAACCAAAAAUGGCCCCUAAAGUCCUGGAGUCUUUCACCUUUCAGGACUUGUUGCAACAGGAAGUGGCGUUAGAGAUUAACGCUAAUGUAAGUGGAGCUGAAGGGCUAAAUGACUCGGUGGUAUUUAUGCUGAAAGCUGGUAAUGUUCAACCUGCUAAAGGGGAAUUUCACUUCACAGUGGUGCCGUAUGACCCUGCACUGUUUCCUACCACAACGGGUCCAGUCUCAACCACGUCACCAGCUCCAAAGAUUCCCAUCAAGAUUAGCUGGAACGGAACCGUUUCCCCAGCUCUGUCUACGGUUCUGCUCUCCACCCAACCCAGCAAGAAUCAGCAGAAAUUCAAAGGGCGCAACCGCUGGGGGAACUCGAACAGAACUUCUCUUUAUAGCACGACUUUGGGCAAACCAUCCCAACCGGAGGAGUUUCCCUUUCGAAACACGCCGGUUCGUGUCGAGUCCUACCCUCAAAAAUCCUCCAAUCCCCUUUUGGUGAUCUUACCACUGCUGGCCCUUCUUCUGCUCAUCAUCAUCUUUGUGGUUCUGGUGGUCUUCCUGCGACACCACAGACAGAGAAAGCAGAACGCUGCUUCCUCUCGUGAGCCCUCAGAUCCGUCCUUUCAGAGCCAGUCUUACGUGGGGCCGUCUCAGAGGAGCGCCACGGUCCCUGAAGUAACCGUCACUCCUUUGAACCCCACAGGAAGCCCGAUCCUGGACCGGUUCUCAACUCCAACUCAAGGCUCACCGUAUAACUCUGCUGAUUCAAAUCUGCUCGUGAGCUCUUGGAGCAACGGCUCCACUGCAGCAUCCUCCCAAAUUAUUAGAACUGCUACUCCAACCCUGCAGAGGAACCAGUACUGGGUGUGACAUUCCCUCAAAAGCUGUGAGAACGGCGGCACAAUCAAAGGAAAUGUGAGCAUACCCACUGAGGGCAUUUCACUCUAAAUCUGCAGAUUGAUGGAGAUGUGCCAUUACAAAGCAAGAUUAACAUUUUUGAGGUGGGCUCCACCUUUGUUUCUCUUUCAGUGUUUCUGCCGUGAUCUCUGAGAAACCUUUAAUAUUAGUCCAAGAAGUCCACCUCUGAAAGAAACUGAAAUAUCAUGAGCUCAGCAUGUCUGUCACAUCACUGUGAGAAAAACCUUCAGCUCCUCCAAGGUGAGGAGGAAAAUGAAAAACUUUGCACACAUUAGUUUAAAGCUACGUUCACUCCGGGCUUGGAAACGCUCAUUCAAACCAAAGAUAAGUCUAUGUAAACGCACGUUUCAGGCUUCUGCGUUCAAAAUUCCAACAUUCACAUGUUUUUAAAGGGUAACCAAACACUGUUGACUUCUGUAAAUGAGGCUUUAAAAGUGCUCUGUUGCCACGUUAUUGACAAUUUAAACUAAACGUGUUCAAUUCCUGAAAAUAUGGUCAAAAACCUUAUGUGUGCUGCCCCCUACAGGUUGAAACAAUGUAUUACAGUUGAUUUUUUGUGAUUGGUCGAUUGGUGUAAGUCCCAGAAGUUUCACGUCAUCAUGCUCUGCAGCUCCAGUAUAAAAGCUCCGCCCAUCUUUGAUUAUGUAACGGUUGGUCGUUAUUGUGUUAGCGUUAGCAUAACUCGUAGGUGUUUUGCCUUCGGCUGUCAAAAAUCGACUGGCUUGCACAGCUUUCCAGAGGACUUGGAAGUUAGGCCACAGUGGUUUGGUGCUACUGGCACUGAACCCAUCCUGGUGAUGGGAUUUGCAAUGAACGUUUCAGUUGGGAUUGUUUGCUAAUAAGUUAGCCAUUAUUAGCUUAUGAUGCUAGCGUCAUUUUACCACUGAGACAUGGGUGCGCUUUGGUCUAGAGGAGAAAAAUCCUCAAGGGAAAGUUCUACUCUCCACAUUGAAGAGUCAGAGUGACUAUGUUACCUCAAGCUAACCUCACUGUCAAUCACAGUUCCAACCCACACUUACCCCCCCCAACCUUUUUUUUUUUUUGCAUUUUUCAAAUUUGGGCUGCAAGUGGAUUCUGCCUCCAACUGUCCUGUUGUGUUACCCUUUAAAUCCAUUUUUCGAGCUCUGUGUGGCCAUCAAACACAUUAAAAGUUGACUUGAGGCGUGGAUCUGGUGGUGACCUAUGGAUGGGAUCCUUUUCAAAACAGAAAAGUGGUCAUGAAGGAAAGAUUAGUCAUUUCAGUUUGGGUCCAAACUGAUUUAAAUGACACAUAGUCUUUCAUAUAUCGGAGCAGAGCUGUAAAAGAAAAAGCUUAGAGCAAGAUUCUCAAGAUUUGCACCGCUAACGUCUUCCAAUCGGGUAGCGACAGUCCAGUGUGAACACAAUGGUCUAAAAAAUGUGUGUUCUUGAACGCGUCAGAUUCCCCGUGUGAACGUAGCUUAAGAAUAGCUGGUUGAAACCGUCCUGUUAUCGUUGGAAGACUGUAACUACAACGGUUAACAUUCUGGUACUCAUCUCCUCUAACAUCUCUUCGUGUCGGGGAGUUCUGCUGCCUCCUGUGAAUGAAAUCAUUUCUUUUUUUAAGGCGGAUGCAUCCAUUGUGAAAUUCUACUCUGCAAUAUUUAAAGCACAACCACAGACUGUUGAAGAACCGGUUACCCAGCUGCACUCUCAGUGUGAUGAACACAAUGCAUUCACUUCAGAGUUUACACAGCUGGCAUGAACAGGUUCUUAGCUGCGUUUGUCCUGCCUCCAUUGUGGAGUGGUCCUCAUGCAUGUUCACUGAAGCUUCACUCCUUAAGUCUUUUUUCUUAGGCUGAAUGACUGAGACCCACACUGGAACAGAGAUUUAUCAUCUAGUUCACUUGAUUGUCCGGAUUUAUUUGUGCAUUUUACUGGAAGUUGGAGUCACUUUUGUAAGCUCAGGUAUUUGUUAACAGUUACUUCAUGGUUGUGCGUGUCGGCAUGAACCUUGUGAAAGUGCCAUUUCUGAUGGCCGCUUUUCAGAAUGACGUGCUCUGUACCACUUUUUUUUUCACAACUACUGACUGAAUCACAAAGUAAACACAAUAAUAGUGUAUUUUUCAUUUUAUUCAACAUUGUAUUUUUAUAUUUAAAAAAUGCAUGUAGGCACUGAUUUUAAGGUAUUCAACCAUUUUUUGAUUUCAAACUUGAGAAUGAUGAAUGAUCAUUUUUCUGUUCAAACGUCAUGACAGAAAAGUAGAGCUGCCACUAACCAUUAUUUUAUUAGUUGACUAGUCACCAGUUAUUUAUCCAGAUUACUCGACUAAUCAGGUCCUGCGCAAAGUGGAUGUAAAGCCCACAUCAUAUCCAUCAUUAGCUUUAAACCAACUAAAAAUAAAGACAAUUAAGAUGAUCAUUUACUAAACUUUAAAUGAAUCGUGCAGCCUCUGUCCUUCAUUAGUUUCUUAAAACAAGAUUAAAUCAAAUUAGAGAGAGAUAAGGAACGAACUUUCCAUCUAACCCGUUUUGACAGGUGACCUUUGACCCUACACCAUCCAUCAGUUCAUUUUGUCAGUUUUAUAUGUAAAUGGUAUAGAGGGUCAAAGGUCACCUGUCAAAAUGAGUUUGAUGGAAAGUACAUUCCUAAUCUCUCUAAUGAGUUCGGCAUCCAAAACAUGGAACUAUUUUUCACAAAAAAUAAAAUGUUGGUCCCAACGACUCAAAUAAUGAAAAAAAGUAAUUUUUUUGGUGCUGAACGGUCCCAACUUUGUUCAACUUUACUACACUCUGACUCCAUGUAAUAUAAAGUAACGAUUAAUCAACUAUUAAAUUAGUCGUCGUCUAUUUUAAUAGUCGAUUAGUCGUCAAUUAGUCGACUAAUCGUGGCAGACCUACUGAAAAGUAUUUUUUAAGGUGAUAAAAACAAGCUGAAAGCAAUGCGGAGUUGUAUUUAAGUUCCUGCUGAUGUUUUUGACUCCGUGGACUGAAGGUCACGCUGCUAUAAAGUGUCAGUUCUGCUGCUGUGACAAUCUGAACAUUCAGAACCCCUUCUGUAGUUCCCGUAGCCUUCAGUGUAUUCCAGUGUGAUCUAAACGAUGUAUCUUGUUAUGUAACAGAAGUGUCAUAUUUAUUAAUACUUUUAUUUUGAAUAAACAGAACAAUGGUUAUCAACGCUGU